AUGGACCAAAAUUCGUUCAGCAGGCCAACUUUUCAAACCCAUCAUCCAAAAUCUUCCCCCGAAAGCAGCAGCAAUUCAGAUAAAUUGCAUGAUAACAUGUCUUCAGGGUCGAUCAGCACAGAUUUAAGAAAGCAUUACCAUUUAUUUAAAGCUGACAAGCCUACCUUGUCUAUUGAUACAGAACCUUCCAAUACAAUGGAACUAUAUCCGAACCAUCAUCAGCAUUAUAAUUCAAUUCCAUUACAACAUGCAUCACUUAUGAGAGAAGACAUUGUCCCUCCUAGUAACAAUACGACUUAUAAUUCCAAUUUUGUAAGUUUACCUUACAGUUUUCAUAAUGAUGCCAACAACAUAGACCCUACUCAAAAAAGAUCUCCAAAUGUUCAUAUGGAUCCAGAGUUCAAUACCUUGCAAGAUUUUCCAGCACCUCCAUCGCUGGCUGCUAGCUUAGUCUACAAUGACUUUGAUCUCGCAAAUACGUCUUCAUUCGACUCAAUCCCAGAAACCUCCUUCGAGAAUCGAGUCGUAGAUGCAAGCGAUCCAAACGAGGCUGGGAAACUUUUUAACCAGAGCGUUAAUAACUUAUCACUAAGCGAUCUAUAUACGCCUGUUCAUUCAGAUGCUUCAAGUUUUACACCAUGCUCCACUUUUUUUGAAGAACCAACAAAGGGCUCGGCUUCAAAAUCCCUUAACCAGCAUCAACAUCCACUACAACAUACCUAUCAGACUCAUGCACAGACCCAGCUACAGUAUCAUUACUCUCCAACGCCGCAAUCAUCUAAUAAUAAGAUUACUAAAAAACAGUCGUUAAGACACAUGAAUAGUAUGACACUUAAAAACAAGAAAAGUUUGAAGAACUUGAGCUCAAUCACUCCAGUUGGGGUUGCAUAUUCAUCUUUCAACGUUUCUCCCUCCUCAAGCAAUUAUAGAGGUGACGAUCAGGACGAAGAAAUCAGUCCCAUGAUAAUGAAAGAAGCUCCUUUCGGUUACAGUCAUAGAAGACAAGAUGCAUUUACCGAAAAUUUGAAUUAUGAAGAGACUUAUAGGAGAAAGACGUACCCAACUCCUGAAAUGAAAUCGACUUCGGUUAAUAAUCUGCCGUAUGAAGAAUCGUUUGAAAGUCCCACAAUUCAAGUAGCAAGAAAGAAACCGCUACUGUUCACAGAAGGCAGAAUAACUCCAGCUUUAACCAGCCAUGAAUCGUCAAACAUUGAUUUGUCAAAGCCAAAAAAGCACACAAGACGUAGACUAUUACCAAGGUCAAAGAACGGAUGCUGGAUUUGUAGAAUCAAACAUUUGAAAUGUGAUGAAGCGAGACCUGUGUGUUCAAGCUGUACGAAGUUCAAUAUUGAUUGCGAUUAUUCCUCUGUAAAGCCUGAAUACGUUACGAAUAAAGAAUUGAGAAAUAUCAAGCUUGUGGAAAUCUCAAAUCAAAUUAGACAAAACCAAACGACAACAAGAGGCGAAAAAGUCAAAAAGACACGAUUGGGCCCUUCUAAAGACUAA